AGUGAGCUUGCAUCCUUGUUGCCAAAAAUUUAAUUAAUAGUUAUUGACUUAUUUAUUUGACGAUGAAGAUCCUAAGGGGUUAGUCGAUGAAUUUAACCCCAAGAUUAUAGACAAAAACACUGUGGUACUCAUUUUGAAAGGUUCUAUCGCUGCCUAAGAUGUCUAAUCUGACCCAUGAAGCGACAGGAACGAAAGAAACGAGCAUAACUCGCUAAUCAUUAAUAAUUUGCAUUCGGAAUUUGUUUAUACGGACACCUUCGUUACACUGGAGAAUCGUCAUGGAUGAAUUCGAAACAAUAAGUCUCGAUACCGAAGAGUGCAAGAUUUGUGGACAACAGACAGGGGAAGAGCUGAUUUCAUGUAUUUUGCGCAAGAAAUUGCCCAGCUCGGGGGAAAACAUUAUUGAGUCUUCGAAAGCAGAGGAGGCUACCUUUGCUCAUCGAAUUUGCCUGGAAAGAUGGGACACUAUCAUGAAGAACACGUUUUAUCCUCAGCCGAAGAAAACGUGGAAAGAUAAGCUCAAGGGUUUUAUUAGCGCAGGAGAGGCUUCAGUAGAAUUUUGGACUCCCGUCUCUGAUACUUCGAACGAUCGAAAUCGGACAAUACCAACCACAACAACAAGGUCCUUCUCAACGGCCUCGGACUACUCUGUCUUCAGCCAGAGUAAAGAAGCUUAUCGAGUAGCAGAAGUACGAAGCAAACAAGGACAAUGGCGAUCUAGUAAAGUACGAAUUUGUUCUAUAGACUCAGAAGAAGAACAGCAAGGUUCAGCGUCUCCCGUUGCGAGCGAACAAAGCAAGUUCAUUUGGCACACAAAAUCGACAUGUGGGUAUAAUCACGUUCAAUUAUUUAAAUUCUGUGGUUAUGAUUUAAAGCUUGAUCGCUAACUUUAACUUCAAACGGUGAUAAGUAAACGACAGCCUGUAAUUUAUUUAAAUGUGAUUAUUUAUCGUCCCCCCCAUAAAUACAUUCAUAAUAUAAUUUAUCUCUGGUUUGGUAACGAAAGGGAUGGAUGAGGCCCUUCCAUAAGAUCGCGAAAGGCUGUGUUUGAUAAACAUAUUUCAUAUUGGUCAUCAGUUACCACUAGUUUUCUGCUGUCAGCUCCUUCAAGUUAAUUAAAAACCUGCACUCUAUCGAGACCCUUACUUAAAUGGCACAUAAAUUAAGAUGAUUUCUUAAUGAAAUAAAUUGACAGAAGAUAUUUAAACCGUUUUACCAUAGGAUUUGUCUUUGAGGAGUGAAUUCAUCCCCUAAUAUCAAUACUUUGUCGAGCAGAAAGUUCACGAGGGUGUAGAAAAUAUCAUAUGGAAGAUAUUGUUUGAUCUGAUGCCAAAAUUCUUAGAGGUAAAAUGAUAAGAAAUGUAUAACAGACAGUAAGGAGAAUUGAUUUUAAGAUCAUGAAAGUUUAAGGGUUGAAAUAUCAUGUUAGUGUUGCAGUGUGAUUUGAAUGAGCUGAAGGAUGUGUUGGAGGAUCUGAAAAGGAGAAUAAAUGGUUAGUGUCAGUGACUUCUGUAUUUUGAGUGACUCUAAGAUAAAUUGUUCUCAUGCAAACACAGUGCUUCUCAUUUUAAUUCCUCCUGUUGGGAAUAUUUUAUUAAAAUGCUCUGCAUACCUAAUUUAUUUAUAGAAAAUCUCAUAUGUCAAAGAAAACAUUAUACCACAGAGGCUUAUUGAUGUUAUUAUGAUAUUGAUAAGUAGGUGGUAGCCAUAACAAUUCCAAAAAUGCACAGGGGUCCUGUGGUGGAAUAUGUUGAAUAUACACAAUAGUGACUGCAGUCUAAAAGAUUUUAUGUAAUUUUCUUAAAGGUAAGUAAAAUCCCAAAAUACUUUUCUUGAAAAAUGAAGUGUAUGUUUUUGGAGUGUGUAAUAUAUUUUUGGAUUGGCUCAAAUCAUCAAUGGUCUUUGUCCUUUUGUUUGCAUUCCAAUUCUCAAAAUAUUCAACAAAUUAUGUAGUUGAUUUUGGAAAAUCUAACUGUAGCAGAAUCAACCAAAAAAAAUGAAAAAAUUAACUGUUUACUGAUCUAGUGAAUUGAAGCAUGAAAUUCUUUGCAAUUCUGUUUUUGGAACAAAUGAUUUCCUUUUCUUACAGGUGUGUCAUCAGAGCUGGUAACUCAGCUACAGGAAAAAGACAGUCUUGUUCAGCAGAAACACACCAUGGAGACCACGGUGGGUCAACUCAUCAGUCUUCAGUCAAAUGUCAAGACAGCAAGUUCACAGAAUGUAUCAAAAUCUAUGAACCCCACCCACAACCAAUGUGGUACCCUGUCUUGCAAAUGACACCCUGUCUAUGUUAUUUUUUCAUGGUAUACUUGUGGUAGUUAUUUCUUUAAGGGCAUAACAAACUUAUUGUGGUAGGGGCCUUAACAACAGAACCUUCUGUCUAUGGAUCUACACAUCUUUGUAGACAACCUCACUACAGGCACUGUUCCCUUGAAUGAAACAUUCAGUUUUGCAUCUCCUGGAUCUAUGCCCCUAGUUCUUGCUUAUCACAUGAAGGCCACUUCGUGUGAAAUUUGAUUUGUCAAUUUUGAUAGAAUUUGUUCAACAAUUUGGGGAAACUUUUGAAAAAGGCCCAGUCAGUCUUGAUCUUAACCCUUUUACUCCCAUAAGUGACCAAAACAGAAUUUCUCCUCUCAAAAUCAAUACAAUAUCAAGUAGACAAGUGAUGAGAAUAAAGAAAAAUAUCAGUUAGGAUAUUUUCAGUUGAUCCAAUACCAAAUUCUCAAAACUAUCAUCAUGAGAAUUGUGUGUCAGACAGUGAGGAGAAUCACAGUGGUUUUUAAGGGUUAAAUUGACUGCUCAAGUUAGUCACUUCUGAGAAAUGAACAAAACUCUAAGUUUAUGAAGAGGUGAGAUAGGCUUCUCUUGAGAUGAAACAGCUUGCUCUUCCUUUGGACAAUCUUUUCAUUUUGUUAGAAAAGUUUUAUUUGGAUAGUAUUUAGGGUGUAUAUAGAUGACUAGAACCAAAGAUUUGUAAUAUGCCUUGUACAAACUAAGUCCUUGCUACAUUUCUUUUCCAAUGAACCUUAAUCCCAUGUAUGGUUAUACUGUUUAAAAGAAAAAUUAGGUUUGCAUUAUUGAUGACCUCUUGAGCAGUUCUUUUCAGAUUAACGCUUACUAAAAACACAUGAAAAGAGAAGAUUUAGAUGUUAAAUAGCAACUGAUCAAGUCUUAGUUUUAAUUUUUUUUUCAGUUUUGAUGUUGUUUACAGAUUGUUGAUAUUACAUCCAUGUUUAUACCAGAGAUUUUAAGGCCAGAUUAACAUAUUUGCCAAGGAAUUUGUGUGAUUCUACUCAAUGUAAAAUGUAAAUUAUUACUAAAACUUCUAAAACUCAAAGAGAGAGUUAAUUUUCACCACAUAUGUUAUUUAUGAGGGAUUGUGCUAUGUACCUGUGAGGUGGUGGGAGUGUGGGACUGGCUGAAUUAUUUAGCAUCCCAUUUGUAUUAAGGGGGCAGGGAGUAUGAGGAGUUUGCUGUGAUAAUCUCUAUUUAUCAAAUUUUUAGAAAAAAGGGGUCACAACCAGCUUUGUCCUGGUAGACUGUAUGGUGCAGUAUUUUUUCCAACUGUUUAUGAGAUAAGAGAGAGUUUGUACCUACACAGAGUUCCUAUGUUGUUAAUAUAGACAGAAGUGGCACUAUUUUAUAAAGAGGGCAAAAUAUUAAAAGCAAUAUGAAAG